AUGGUCAUCUUCAAGGAUAAGGCGCCGAGCGUGGCCGCCACCAUCAUCAUUUUGGUUACAUUCUCAUUGAUUGUCUUCCCCAUGCGGGUGUACACCCGCAUAAAACACAGUGCGUGGGGAUGGGAUGACUGGGCUAUGACCUUUGCUGUUAUACCAUAUGGCGCACUCAGUGUCUUCUCCUUGGGAAGCUCUUUCCUCGGCGUUGGCACUCACAAAGAGAAGCUCUCGGCGGCCCAGACAGAGCAAGGCAUGAUGUGGUUCUUCUUCUUCGAAAUCUUCUUCUGCAUUUCCAUAAUCCCAGUGAAGUUGAGUAUCUCGCUCAUGCUGAUGCGUGUCGCUGGUCCUAAGAAGAACUACAUCUAUGCGCUCUGGAUCAUGUCGGCCUUGUUCAUCAUCUUGAACUUGAUCGCCUUCUUCUACAUCAUCUUCCGCUGCGACCCUGUCAGCUACGCUUGGGACACGACCAUUCCAGGAGGGAGCUGUUUACCUUCGCAAGGACUUGCCAACGUAUACUAUGCGGAUACUGCGGUCAACAUCCUUGCCGACUGGUUCUGCGCUCUUCUACCGAUUCCCCUUCUCUGGAACUUGAAGCUCAACACGAAUGCGAAAAUCUCGGUUGGCUUCUUGCUGAGUUUGGGUGUGCUCGCCAGUCUGUCAGCGUGCAUUCGUUUGAAGUACACCGUCAAUCUCAACAACUCCACGGACUACCUGUACAGCGUCGGAGAUGUCAUGAUCUGGGGAUACGCAGAAAACGGCGUCGGCUUCGUCGUCGGCUGCAUUGCAACCCUACGCCCCCUCUUCCGCAAAAUGUUUCACCUCGGCGGCAGCGAAGGCUCCAAUAUCAAACUCGGCGACAGCGGCGACGUCUACGCCGCGCGCGGCUCUGCCGGGAUGCCGCACACCGGCGGCGGUGCCAAAGGCCACAAGACGACCAUAACCAGUUCGCAGUUACGCAAAGGGUCAGAUGGGUCUGGGUCGACAAGCGAAGAGUACAUUUUGCAGGAUAUGAGGGGGAAUGAUCUGAGGGGCAUUCAGGUCUCGAGGAGUGUAAUGCAGAGGACGGAUUGA